GCUGCUGCGGGUCGGGGCCACCGCUGGCUGCUCCUGGCUGCUCACUCGCCCGCCCGACAGCGCCGCCGCCUGCCCUCGCCAUGGGUCGACAGAAGGAGCUGGUGAACCGCUGUGGGGAGAUGCUGCACAUUCGCUACCGAUUGCUCCGCCAGGCGCUGGCCGAGUGCCUGGGGACGCUCAUCCUCGUGAUGUUUGGCUGUGGCUCUGUGGCCCAGGUGGUUCUCAGCCGAGGCACUCACGGUGGUUUCCUCACCAUCAAUCUGGCCUUUGGUUUUGCUGUCACCCUGGGCAUCCUGGUAGCUGGCCAGGUCUCUGGGGCCCACCUGAACCCAGCUGUGACCUUUGCCAUGUGCUUCUUGGCACGGGAGCCUUGGAUCAAGCUGCCCAUCUAUGCCCUGGCUCAGACACUGGGUGCCUUCCUUGGUGCGGGGAUCAUUUUUGGACUAUACUAUGAUGCAAUUUGGAACUUUGCCGACAAUGUGCUUGUAGUUUCGGGCCCCAAUGGCACAGCUGGCAUUUUUGCCACCUACCCCUCUGGACACUUGGACAUGGUCAAUGGCUUCUUUGAUCAGUUCAUCGGCACAGCCGCUCUCAUUGUGUGUGUGCUGGCCAUUGUUGACCCAUACAACAACCCUGUGCCCCGUGGCCUGGAAGCCUUCACAGUAGGCCUUGUAGUGUUGGUCAUUGGCACCUCCAUGGGCUUCAACUCUGGCUAUGCUGUCAACCCUGCCCGGGACUUUGGCCCCCGCCUUUUUACUGCCCUAGCUGGAUGGGGUUCGGAAGUCUUCACGACCGGCCGGCACUGGUGGUGGGUGCCCAUUGUCUCGCCACUCCUGGGCUCCAUUGCAGGUGUCUUUGUGUACCAGCUCAUGAUUGGUUGCCAUCUGGAGCAGCCCCCACCAGCCGCUGAGGAAGAGAAUGUGAAGUUGGCCCAUGUGAAGCACAAGGAACAGAUCUGAGUGGGCUGUGUCCAUCCCUCCAAAGGCCCCCUCCCCUGAGCAUGCAGUGAUGGGGCGGGGGUCCCCUCAUGAGUCCCUUCACAGGCUAAGAAGCUCUCUGCCUACCCUAUCCCCUCUGGAGGGCCCCUUCUAGGAUUUCCCUGGACUCUGCCCCAUAGGACCUUAGAUCACCACUGUGAGUCUGGGUGGGAAGAGAGUAGGGCCAGACUUGGUUUUGUCUCCUAAAGGGAAAGAAUAAGUAGCAGUGGUGUGUGUGUGUGUGUGUGUGUGUGUGUGUGUGUGUGUGUACAUUCAUAUGAGUGGUUUCCCAGAUAUUCAGGGCAAGGGACAAAGCAUUUAGAAAGGAGCUAGCAGUUUAAGCACUCCACAAGGAAGAAGGCAAUGUAUCAACCUGAGGGAAGAAAGAGCCAAGGUGUGUAUGUUCCAGGGCUCUAUGUGGAGGAAGGUCCAGAUCUGUGUGAUUUUUUUUUUUUUUUUGGUUGGUCAUGGGGCUUGAACUCUGGG